GUUAAUUGCCGGCAGAACAUGAAAGUGAAUUAAAGUGGAUUUCCAAAUGGAGGGAGAAAAACAGUGUAAAAGAAACUGGCUCUGACUGACCAAACUACAAGUGUAAACAGCAAAAAUGAAGGACAAUAAUCGGACUGUGCGGAUGAGUUCCUCAAUUAGCGAUGCAUACGACAUGCAUGAAUCACACAGCCACGAACCCUUAGUUGCGCAAGCACACAACCUAGAGGACUUUUCUAGGACAGUUCAGGACAAAUCCGACGAAGAUGAAGACGAUGAUGUUGGAUCGCCUUGUGGAUGGGGACCGUUGCAGCCCAGCAAACUCCAAAGAUUCCGCUCAGCCCGGUGGGUCCUCUUCUGGCUAUGUUGGGCAGGCUUCUUGCAAGGACUCAUCGUCAAUGGCUUCAUCAAUGUGGUAAUUACCACCAUUGAAAAACGCUACCAGCUUCGUAGCACGGAAUCGGGACUGAUUGCUGGUGGCUAUGACAUAGCUUCUUUCCUGUGCCUUAUCCCCGUCAGCUACCUGGGAGGAUCAAGAAGCAAGCCAAUCUUCAUCGGCAGUGGUGUUCUUGUGUUGGCCAUCGGUUCUUUUGUGUUUUCUUUACCUCAUUACAUGUCUGGACAAUAUUCCUUCAGCCAAGAGCAGGAAGAUCUCUGCUCGGCGACGAACAGUUCGCUCGAAUGUAAUAGUGAUAAUGUGUCUUAUUUGUCGAGUUAUAAGUAUGUGUUCUUCUUGGGUCAGUUGCUUCAUGGUGCUGGUGCAGCUCCUUUCUACACUUUGGGAUGCACGUAUUUGGAUGAGAAUGUCCCGACAAAGAUGUCUUCUGUUUAUCUCGGUAUUUAUUAUACAAUGGCAGUGAUUGGUCCUGCUGUAGGAUACUUAAUUGGCGGCCAGUUUUUGAAACUUUACGUUGACAUUGGAGUCGAUCCAUCUGAGUUAGGUUUAACAUCUUCGAGCAGCGUCUGGGUUGGUGCUUGGUGGAUUGGGUUUAUAUUCACCGCGAUUCUUGGUGCGUUGGUUGCCAUACCUCUUACUGCAUUUCCAAAGACGCUUCCUGGUGCUUUGAGAAUACGCGCCGAGAAAAAGACGGAAAUGCACCAGAAACUGCAAAACAGCGAGGCAGUCCAAACAGGAUUUGGUACCAGUUUGAAAGAUCUACCUUCUUCCUUCAGAUUUCUCCUGACAAAUCCAACUUUCGUUUUUCUUAGUCUGGCCGGAGCAACUGAAGGUAUGCUGGUAUCAGGUUUAGCAACUUUUCUACCAAAGGUUAUUGAAUCUCAGUUCAGCAUAGCAGCGAGUUGGGCAGCUGUACUUGUUGGAUUAGUGACAAUACCUGGAGCCGGUGGUGGAACAUUUCUAGGUGGCUAUCUGGUCAAAAAAUUCAGUUUGCGGUGUGCUGGAAUAAUAAAGAUGUGCAUCAUUUUCUCCUUCAUAUGCGUUGGUCUUGUCUUCAUAUUCAUUCUUCAUUGUCCCAACUCCAAAUUUGCUGGUUUAAAUACUUUCCUACCAAACAGCUCUGAACCCUUUGGUUCACCACAGUUCCAAGGCAGUUGCAACACGGCAUGCUCCUGCUCACCAAGGCAGUACGAUCCGGUGUGUGGCACCGACAACAUUGUCUACUAUUCCCCUUGUUUCGCCGGAUGCAAGAGCACAUAUCAACUGGGCGGCACCAAGAUGUAUGGUGACUGUAGUUGCAUCGUCCAUGAGGGUCGUAACAUCAGCAUACAUGGAAGGAGUGUGGUCAUUCAGGCAACACGAGAGAAAUGCGUCAAUUACUGUAGCUACAUGCCGGUGUUCCUGCUUCUCAUCUUCCUGUCAAUGCUGUUCACAUUCCUCGUCAGCAUGCCUUCUCUUUCUGGAACGUUGAGGUGUGUGGCUGAAAGUCAAAAAUCCUUCGCUCUGGGGGUGCAAUGGAUUGCUGUCAGACUUCUUGGUACGAUACCAGCUCCCAUUCUGUUUGGUUCCCUAAUUGACUUGAGCUGCGAAUUGUGGCAAGACACUUGCAACAAACAAGGCGCCUGUCUUUUCUACGACAACCAACUCAUGAGCAACAACGUCCUCAUCUUGGCUUGCGUCCUCAAAUCCUUAUCCUGUGUCUUCUUCUUCUUUGCAUGGUUGCUGUAUCGGCCACCAGAGGGAGGUGAGGACAGCGGGGAGAACACUACAAAAGUUGACAAUUGCGACCCAUUAGAUGUCAUCCAGAAAGAGAUCAUUGACGAGUUCACUGCGACGAAGCCCGAUAUAGACGGCAUUAAAAUGGCGAAUGGAACUAUUAUUUGAAAAACUAUAUUGCAUUAAAACCCGCUCAUCUCAGCGCAUUUUCAUUUGAAUGCCACAAGAACUGACAAUUGUGGCCCAUCAGAUGUUCAGAAAGACAUCAUUGAUGAUUUCACUGAGGCAUUGCCCGAUAUAAGGGCUGUUCACUUAUCGGCCGUCCGUCACGUCCGCGCCGAUUUUUUCCACCCGAAACAGGUUUUCCUUGCUGGUUGCCAUGACGGCAAGCCGUCUUGGACGGGACCGGUUUCGAUCAUAAGAACCUCGAUAUCUGAUGCCCAUCAAAAGUAGGACAGCAUUUCAUUGAGUUUCCGCAAAACAGCGCGCUCUUACCUCUAGUGAGUGAAUUCAAUCACGUGAUUGAUGUACUGCGACCGUAUGUGAAUGCUACUCUGUUUUCGUUGGUAGUCCGUCACGGCAAAAAACAGGAUGGACGGGACGGGCGACCGGUAAGUGAACAGCCCUAUAGAUGGCAUUAAACGGCGAAUGGAACUAAUACUAUUUGAAAAACUAUAUUGCAUUAAAGCCUACUCAUCUCAUGACAUUUCAUUUGAAUACCACGAAACUGGACAAUUGCGACCCAUUAGAUGUUAUCCAGAAAGACGUGAUUGACGAUUUCACUGUGACAAAACCCGAUAUAGACGAUGUUAAAAUAACGAAUGGAACCAUUUUUGGAAAAACUAAAUUUCAUUAAAACCUACUUAUCUCAGCACAUUUUAAUUUGAAGGGCACAAAACUUGUUGAUUACGACCCAUUAGAUGUUGUUCAGAAAUAAAUGAUUGACAAUUUUACUGUGGCAAAUCCCAAUACAGACGGCAUUAAAGUAAAGAAUGGAACCAUUAUUUGAAAAACUAUAUUUCAUUAAAAUCUACUCAUCUGAGCUCAUUUUGUUUUGCUACCGCCACAUAAAUUCAUCUUCAUCUUGUUUGCAUUAUAGAUCCUUAUUUAAAUCUUUGCAGAGAUGCAGUCAUAUUUAAGCAUUGUCAAGUGCAUGUCGAUUAACUGUUUGUAAGGGGGAAAAUGAAUGAGCCCUUGUACAGCGACGGAAUGGGACAAAUUGACAAACUAAAAUGUUAUCAGAUUUCAGUGCUGUAUGCCAUUCACAUCUGAUUAAUUUAACAAGUCGAUGCACCGGCAAAUCUGAGUGUAAAUGAAAAUAUUGCAAGACUAACGAAAUUAAAUUAUCUUCUUGAGUAACAAGUGUUUUACCGAGAUGUACAGACGAGUUUACUGUGUGGAUCAGUGAAUAUAGGCAGAAUGAAAAGGACCGAUUAGAACAUUGAUUAAAUAAUAUUAUUAAAUGUAAGUGCUGAAUAUCAUCUAGAGUUUACUGACUUCGCAAUACGCCGCACCAGCGGAAGAUUCGCCAAUCCUGCUUACAUUGAGGAUAAAACAAUUGCAUUGGUGCAAAGAUUAAGUCUUUGGUAGAAUCGCGAAGUUGAAACAAUUUAGUGAUUUUGCCUCAGUGUUGUUUAAAAAUUGACUGUUUAACAGAACAGGUUAUUGACAGAAUCAAAAUUAUGAAUGUAAAAAUUAUUUAAACGUGUAUUUUAAACGAAUGUUUAUUAAUUUAUUUUGCAAGCUGUUGCAGUUAUAAGUGUGUAACAUUUGCAUUUCAGGUGAAUUAUUCAUAAUAAUGGAGGAAAUUUGUGAGAUCAGGUUAUUUUAAUUUUUAAUCCAUUGUAGCUGCAACGAGCAUGUGAUGGCAUUCCACUGGCGCAAUCAGAAUUUUGUUUUGGGGGGAGGGGGAUAUGGUCAUAAUUGGUCCUUUACAUGUAUAUAAACUUCUGUAUUAGGAUUGGUGAUAUGUGUUGAGCUCAAGGUUGACUUUCGCCCCAGCAGCAUUACUGAUGUAUUCGUUUCAUUUUUCCAAAAAAAAAA